AUCUGCGCUCUGUUCAGCAUCAGCACCAGCCGCUGCGUGAAAAACAAACCGAGUCGCAUCCCCGCGGAGAGCAGCACCGCGUGCGCUUCAUUCAAUCUGGAGCGUCAGAUGGUGCAAGAUGCACCGCUUCUUUGUCCUCCUCUACACCCGGACUGUGCAAGUUACCGCUGGAAGGGACCAAUAGCCUAGUAGUUGAGGGACCCGUUUCAGCUGCACUGAAAGGUUCCUACAGGACGCGCGUUUGGAUUGUUGUCCUUCUCGUAAAUUUCCUGCUGGACAGCUAAACACGCGCACCGCGGGCUUCCAGAGAAAUAAAGCGAAUCAUUGCGGUUUAAAAUGUGUUAAUUCGGUUUUCUUUCUCGCGAGGGAGGAGCAAUGAGAGCGUAAACAACACUGGGUGGCUUUGUUUCUGAGACACGGACCCGUGAAAGAUCACACUGACAUGUCUUUCAGUGCCGAAUUUGGAGCUACCGUUGUUUCUCCACUAACUUAGGGAAGUGUUGUUCGUAUCUCUUUGACUUUGCAUAAGAGCUCAAUUCUACUUUUCUAACAAACGCAUGCAGUUUUCUUCAUAUCUUCUUCCUACAUGGUGGAGCGCUUGGGAUGCUUUCAUCGGAAGGGCGUAUUUGAUUCGCGUCUAUCGCAUUUGGAGUGAAGAAAGACCCCUUUAAACCCGUUGCCUCGGCGUUAUCUUGUGGAGUUACAGCGACCAACGUGGAAACACGGACUCGAAGGAGGGCAAAAUGGGCUGUUGCAGUGGUAGAUGCACGCUGGCAUUUAUAUGUGGCAUGCAGUUGAUCAGCAUUCUGGAGAGACAGAUAUUUGAUUUCCUUGGAUACCAAUGGGCUCCGAUCCUCACAAACUUCAUCCAUAUCAUCACAGUGAUUCUAGGCCUCUUUGGGACAGUACAGCUCAGACCGCGAUAUGUGACCGGGUAUGCAGUCUGGUUGGUGCUGUGGGUUGCCUGGAACGUCUUCAUCAUCUGUUUCUAUUUGGAAGUGGGUGACCUUUCAAAGGAGGUUAUUGUCUGUCACAAACCCCCUCUCUAUCUUCAAGUCCACAUGUGCAUGUUUGGAAUGGGAUUUGGGAGCCAUUACUUGAGGAUAGUGGUGCUGAGCAAAAGUGACAGCAGAGAUUUUGAGGAGGUGGCCAAAGUAAAUAGCACAGCAGCCUCCAUCCAGUCCACUAGUUUAUAA